UCAGCAGCUGAUAUGUAUCCAUCUAUCUAUCUAAUAGCUUAUAAAAUCAUAUCCAUCUCCAAAUCAACACCACCCUCAUAAACCUCCUUUCUUUGAUUCCUUCCUCUGUUUCUCCAAACCCACACCAAAUCAAAACCCUUGAAAUAUUUUCAUAUCCAUAUAUACGUUAUACUAGUUCUUGGGAAACCCAGAUUCCCCAAAGCGUAACGCACUCAUCUAUCGGAAAAAUGAAAGCUUUUACUACCGUACCCUUCUCCGACCUUUCUUCUCUAGCCAGAGCAACCUUUUCCACACCAAGGACUCAGCUCAAUUUUCCUAAGAAACUAUUCUUCUGCCAGGCAAAGUUUGCAGCUGAAUCUGGGAAUGAUGGGUCGUUCAGCUUAAGAGUGGUGCCUUCAAAUUUGUUAGUGGCUGAGAAAGAAGAAGCCAAGGCUGUACUGGCCUUGUUCUUGAAAAAACAAGGCUUAAGCAAUUCAGUUGCAGCAAGAACUAUCAACAAGUCAGAACUUUUCAUUGAUCACCUCGUUUCAAGGCUUCAUUCUGUUCAUAAAGCCCGGUAUCUAGUAGGACGAGAGCUUACAACUCUUGAGAUCAGGGAUGCUCUUAUUUCAUAUCUUGAUACCCUUUAUGAGGAGUAUGGAGACAUUCUGAUAGAUGUAGUGGAAAACUUUCCAAAUCCACCAAUUAAAGGAAAGCCAUUAGAAAAGUUACCAAACCCAUCAAUUGAACACAGAUCGGUUGUGCCAGUUUCGGCCCCCAAUACCGCCUUCAACCCCAAGAAGUUAAAAGCCUUGGCCAGAGUGACUAAUGUCAGUCCUGGGAAGCUCCCUCCUCACAUUAUCUACCUCAUAGAACUUGGCAUGGAACUUGAGCUGAUCAAAGAAGUGACACGCAAAUUCCCUGCCUUUGCCUACUACAGCUUAGAGGGGAAAGUUAAGCCUAUUGUUGAGUUCCUUCUUGAUCUCGGGGUAUCAAAAUCAGAUAUUCCCACCAUCCUCACCAAAAGGCCUCAACUUUGUGGAAUCAGCCUCUCCGAAAACUUAAUACCCACUAUGACAUUUUUAGAGGACUUGGGUGUGGACAAGAAACAAUGGGCGAAGGUGAUUUACCGAUUCCCAGCACUUCUCACUUAUAGCAGGCAAAAAUUGAUGUCAACCGUGGAUUUUCUUUAUGAAAUGGGGCUUUCAGCGGAGAGCGUGGGCAAGAUUCUAACACGCUGCCCACAUAUUAUAAGCUACAGUGUGGAGGAUAAGUUACGGCCUACAACUGAAUAUUUUCGUUGUUUGGGAGUUGAUGUUGCGCUUCUUCUCCACAGAUCACCACAAACUUUUGGUCUAAGUAUUGAGGCCAAUUUGAAGCCCGUGACAGAAUUUUUCUUGGAGAGGGGUUACAAUAUAGAGGAUGUUGCAACUAUGAUUUCAAGAUACGGAGCUCUGUAUACUUUUAGCUUGUUGGAUAAUUUGAUACCCAAGUGGGAGUUCUUUUUAACAAUGGAUUACCCGAAUUCUGAACUGAUUAAAUUUCCUCAGUAUUUCGGUUACAGCUUGGAUGAGAGGAUUAAACCUAGGUAUGCAAUUGUGACUGAGAGUGGAGUAAGGUUGCUGCUAAACCAAGUCCAAGUCCUAUCUCUUUCAGAUGGCGAGUUUGAUAAGGUGUUGAAGCGGAAAAUGAAGAAGAAUACUGGAUGACAUGACUCCGGGUGUCUGUUCUAGCGGCCAUGAGCUAGGUUUGGGCAUGGAACAACGAGACAUUUGUGAUUGCUUGGUCCACAAACCCAGUAACUUGUUGGAUGGGGCCUUAGUGAUGACUCAUGAUGCAUUGUUUAAGAAGUAGAAAUUACCAGACUUCGGGCAUUUCAUUGUUGUUGUUUUGAUGUGUGUAUUCAAGGACAAGAGUAGAUAAUUAUUUCAUGUAUAAUUGUGUAAAAAAAGAUAAUAUGAAGGAAAUAUUCACCUUGCUCCGUGAGCUCUUUCUUCCAACA